UGAUUAAUCAGUCGUAGUCCAACAUGCAGAAGUGAGUGGGUGAAAAGCAGCAGAACUGAUGGGUCAUGAGGAUGUAACUGUGUUUGAAGGCUCUCACACCCUCUACUCCAGGACAGAAUCAUGAAUAAACUGGAGGACAAGAAGGACCAGAUGAUACCAUGAAGAGAAGUUUACAGGCCCUCUAUUGCCAACUGUUAAGCUUCUUCCUGACCUUGGCGCUGACCGAAGCUCUGGCGUUUGCUGCCCAGGAACCAUCUCCCAGGAACUCUCUUCAGGUCCUGCCUCCCGGCACCAUGGUGACCCCACCGCUCAGCUCCACCAGUCGCUCCGCCCUGGUGGCCGCCCCCUCCAGCAUGACCUUGAGCCCCCGUCCUGAUGGGCCCUUCUCACAGGCCGAAGCCACCGUGGCAGCAGCAACACCCUAUCCAGAGGGACACCCUCCUGCAAACACCGCCUCCACCACGAUGGCCACGGCAACCGCCCGCCAUGCUGACGGCCCCCUGAGCACAGGGCCCCUUCCUGCAGCCACGGCCACGGCCACGGCCACGUGUCCUCCGGGGAGGGCGGGAGCAGCACAGCCUCUGGGAAGGCAGAUGGGCAGGAGCUUCCAGCUGAGACUCGGUGUCAUUGCCGAGCGAGCUGGGCACAUGGCUGGAAUCUCCAGCCACAGUGACUCCUGGCUCACUGUCACCCUGCCCGCACUCGGGGGCCCCUCGGGAAGAAAGGAAGGCCCGAGGGGCAGGAAUCAGAGCUCCGCGCACCUGGGGCAGAAGCACCAGGGGGUGAGAGCCUCUCAGGUCUUCAAAGGCAACGCCACAGGGUCCGCGGAGCCCGAGCCCUCCACCCUCACCCCCUGGAAUUCCUCCUCCUCGCCACAGCCCCAGACGGUGGCCGCAGCCAUGGCGCCCAGCAGGACCACAUGGGCACCAGGCACCACCCCCUUGGUGCGCACGGAAGCCAAGCCGGGCCUUAGAGCAGACCAGGGGGGUGGUCACCCCCCCGGGGCCUCAGAAAGCACUGUCCCCCGAGCCGAGGAGGAGGCUGUGGCCGCCCCCAGCAUGACGGCCCGGCUGCCCCGUCCUCUGUCCACAGUGGUGUCCACAGCCACAGGGAACUUCCUCAACCGCCUGGUCCCUGCGGGGACCUGGAAGCCUGGCCCCGCUGGGAACAUCUCCCACGUGGCCGAAGGGGACUCCCCCCAGCACAGAGCCACCAUCUGCCUGAGCAAGAUGGACAUUGCCUGGGUGGUCCUGGCCAUCAGCGUGCCCAUCUCCUCCUGCUCGGUCUUGCUGACAGUGUGCUGCCUGAGGAGGAAGAAGAAGGCGGCCAACCCGGAGAACAACCUGAGCUACUGGAACAACGCCAUCACCAUGGACUAUUUCAACAAGCACGCCGUGGAGCUGCCCAGGGAGAUCCAGUCCCUCACCACCUCUGAGGACCAGCUCUCCGAGCCGCGCUCCCCAGCCAAUGGUGACUACAGAGACACGGGAAUGGUCCUCGUCAACCCCUUCUGUCAAGAAACACUGUUUGUGGGGAACGAUCAGGUAUCCGAGAUCUGACCGCAGCCGCCCUUGCUUCGCCAUGCCCUGCCUUUGGGCUCUAAAUCAUAAAUCUACAAAUAUAUAUUAUAAAUAUAAUCUUUGUGUAACCCUGACUUAAGGAGAAACAUUUUCAGCUUUUUCUUUCCUAAGAAUUGUCAACAUCUUUUUUAUAAGUGUGGUUUAAAAAAAAAAAACUUUACAGAACGACCGUGGCUUUAUAAAAUAAAGGUCUUUCUAAGCAAA